AUAACUGCAUACGUGGAGUGUGUCUGAAAGUGUAGCCCGAUCCGCUCUCGCCUCCCAACCGGUGUCGCUGCGGCGUCUUGUGACCAGACCUACAACAGGAUAGUCCGCUCGACCUGAGCACUGUUCCGGGAGCGAGAGGCACACACGUUCAUCACCCUCAGUGGCUCCACACCGCAGAAAGGUAGUCUAGUCAGAGUUGUGUUGAUUAUAGAGACGAGACUGUUUCAAACAGUUUCUGCACGCACCAGAUUAGCCGCGGCAUAUGGUUGGGAAUUGGAAAUACCUCCCGGCGCACGAGCGCAGAUCUGUGUGUGGAGCGGUUCCGUUUCACGCCGCUGAGAAACGGGGAUUAAGAGCGACAGGGAACGUGUCACCAGCACGGACAGGUAUCUAUCAGGCUCCAUCCUGGUCCCAUAGCUCUGAGGGUUCAGUGACGGGCUGUCCUCUCAGGCUGCAGUGGAUUACAUGAGGGACCCUGUGAUCCACAAAUAAUACCUGUAAUCCAGUGAGAAGGAACUGUGAUCCGGAGAGAGGCCCAGUGAUCGAUCCACUAAGGGCUGCUGUGAUUCACUGAGGACUGAGAGUUUCAGAGAGAAGGAACUAUGACCCAGCACUGAGCAUACCAGUGGUCCAGGUUGUGUCCUGUUAGUGUUCUGCUCUGUCGAGCGUGGCCGUCAGGCUGGGAGAAUCAGGAUGCCAGAGCUGGAGGACUUCCCCCCGAUGCGGGGUGACCAGCCGGCUGGUCCUGACCCGGUCCAGAUCCAGCGCAGCAUACUGGACGAGCAGGUAGAGCUGUGGUGGUUCCGCGACCCGGCCAAGUCUCUGCUGUGCUACUCCGUCGCCGUCCUACUCAUCCUGGGCUGCGGCCUGGGGGGCAUACUCCUCCUCUCCACCACUACCAGCUUCUCUAGUGACUGGCGCAUGGGAGCGGGCAUGGCUCUGUGUCUCUUAGCCCUGGCCGUCCUCCUCAAACAGCUCCUGAGCUCCGCCGUGCAGGACAUGAACUGCGUCCGCAGCCGGAGGCGGAUCGAUAUCCUGAAGAGCGGAGGGCUGUCGGAUCUGUUAGUGGUUCUCAUCACAGGGCUGUGUCUGGUGGUCUGUGGGGCCGUACUGCUGAAGCUGGCACUAGAACACCACAUGCCCAAGCCUGGCGUAGCCCUUAAUGAUAUGUACAUCUCUGGGGUGGUGUUGUUAGCUGGAGGGGGGUCAGCGGUGGUGGGGGUGGGAGUGUACACGGGGGUGGUGUUCCUGUUGGAGAGGACGUGGCCGGGACAGAGUUUCAGGGAUAGGGCCAUGGGGGUGUUCACUAUCUCUGGACGACACAUGGACCAGGGUAGGAGGGAGACCACCUCGAGCUUGGCUAACCUCAUCUGA